CGGUCUUUCUUUUCCUCUGCAGGCCCGCGGUCGGAGCACCUGCGGCUGCUCGGCUCUCUGAGCUAUCCGGUGCCAUCCUCGUCGCUGCGGCGACACCGGCAUCAGCCGCAGCCAUGACCGAGCAGAUGACCCUUCGUGGCACCCUCAAGGGCCACAAUGGCUGGGUAACCCAAAUCGCUACCACCCCGCAGUUCCCGGACAUGAUCCUGUCUGCGUCUCGAGACAAGACCAUCAUCAUGUGGAAGCUGACCAGAGACGAAACUAACUAUGGCAUACCACAGCGAGCUUUACGGGGUCACUCCCACUUUGUCAGUGAUGUGGUUAUCUCCUCUGAUGGCCAGUUUGCGCUCUCAGGCUCUUGGGAUGGAACCCUGCGCCUCUGGGAUCUCACAACGGGCACCACCACGAGACGGUUUGUGGGCCAUACCAAGGAUGUGUUGAGUGUUGCCUUCUCUUCUGACAACCGGCAGAUUGUCUCUGGGUCCCGAGACAAAACCAUAAAGCUCUGGAAUACUCUGGGUGUUUGCAAGUACACUGUCCAGGAUGAGAGUCAUUCAGAGUGGGUGUCCUGCGUCCGCUUCUCUCCCAAUAGCAGCAACCCAAUCAUUGUUUCCUGUGGCUGGGACAAGCUAGUCAAGGUUUGGAAUUUGGCUAAUUGCAAGCUGAAGACCAACCACAUUGGCCACACAGGCUAUCUGAACACUGUGACUGUCUCUCCAGAUGGAUCACUCUGUGCUUCUGGGGGCAAGGAUGGCCAGGCUAUGCUGUGGGAUCUCAAUGAAGGCAAGCACCUUUAUACACUAGAUGGUGGGGACAUUAUCAAUGCCCUAUGCUUCAGCCCCAACCGCUAUUGGCUAUGUGCCGCUACGGGCCCCAGCAUCAAGAUCUGGGACUUGGAGGGCAAGAUCAUUGUAGAUGAACUGAAGCAAGAAGUCAUCAGUACUAGUAGCAAGGCUGAACCACCCCAGUGCACUUCUCUGGCCUGGUCUGCUGAUGGUCAGACUCUGUUUGCUGGCUACACAGACAACCUGGUGCGAGUGUGGCAGGUGACCAUUGGCACCCGCUAGAAGUUUGGCAGUUUUACAAAUAAAAACUAGCUUUCAGAAA